CCACGGGGAUCGCCGCCGCAGGCCCCGCCUCCAGCUUGCGGCCCCGCGCGCCGGAUCGGCGUGCGUGCGGCUGGAGCCUCAAGCGUUUCCUCCGCCCGGCUUCAUCGCCGCCUGCGGCCCAGCAUCGCUCUCCUUCUGCGCGAGGCGGCUAAGGCCUGCUGGCCAGGAGCCGCGUCUCCACCUGCGCGAGGUAUCGUCCUUGGAGAAGAUGGAAGUGGAGAGGCGGCCGGCGCCGGGCUCGCCUUCCGAGGGCCUGUUUGCGGACGGGCACCUGAUCUUGUGGACGCUGUGCUCGGUCCUGCUGCCGGUGUUCAUCACCUUCUGGUGUAGCCUCCAGCGGUCGCGCCGGCAGCUGCACCGCAGGGACAUCUUCCGCAAGAGCAAGCACGGGUGGCGCGACACGGACCUGUUCAGCCAGCCCACCUACUGCUGCGUGUGCGCGCAGCACAUUCUGCAGGGCGCCUUCUGCGACUGCUGCGGGCUCCGCGUGGACGAGGGCUGCCUCAGGAAGGCCGACCAGCGCUUCCAGUGCAAGGAAAUUAUGCUCAAGAAUGACACCAAGGUCCUGGACGCCAUGCCCCACCACUGGAUCCGGGGCAACGUGCCCCUGUGCAGUUACUGUAUGGUUUGCAAGCAGCAGUGUGGCUGUCAACCCAAGCUUUGCGAUUACAGGUGCAUUUGGUGCCAGAAAACAGUACAUGAUGAGUGCAUGAAAAAUAGUUUAAAGAAUGAAAAAUGCGAUUUUGGAGAAUUCAAAAACCUAAUCAUUCCACCAAGUUAUUUAACCUCCAUUAAUCAGAUGCGUAAAGACAAAAAAACAGAUUAUGAAGUGCUAGCCUCUAAGCUUGGAAAGCAAUGGACCCCAUUAAUAAUCCUGGCCAACUCUCGUAGUGGAACUAAUAUGGGAGAAGGACUAUUGGGAGAAUUUAGGAUCUUGUUGAAUCCAGUCCAGGUUUUUGAUGUAACUAAAACUCCUCCUAUCAAAGCCCUACAACUCUGUACUCUUCUUCCAUAUUAUUCAGCUCGAGUACUUGUUUGUGGAGGGGAUGGGACUGUAGGGUGGGUCCUGGAUGCAGUUGAUGACAUGAAGAUUAAGGGACAAGAAAAGUACAUUCCACAAGUUGCAGUUUUGCCUCUGGGAACAGGCAACGAUCUAUCCAAUACAUUGGGUUGGGGUACAGGUUAUGCUGGAGAAAUUCCAGUUGCACAGGUUUUGCGAAAUGUAAUGGAAGCAGAUGGAAUUAAACUAGAUCGAUGGAAAGUUCAAGUAACAAAUAAAGGAUACUACAACUUAAGAAAGCCCAAGGAAUUCACAAUGAACAACUAUUUUUCUGUUGGACCUGAUGCUCUCAUGGCUCUCAAUUUUCAUGCUCAUCGUGAGAAGGCACCAUCUCUGUUUUCUAGCAGAAUUCUUAAUAAGGCGGUUUACUUAUUCUAUGGAACCAAAGAUUGUUUAGUGCAAGAAUGUAAAGAUUUGAAUAAAAAAGUUGAGCUAGAACUGGAUGGUGAGCGAGUAGCACUGCCCAGCUUGGAAGGUAUUAUAGUUCUGAACAUCGGAUACUGGGGCGGUGGCUGCAGACUAUGGGAAGGGAUGGGGGACGAGACUUACCCUCUAGCCAGGCAUGACGAUGGUCUACUGGAAGUCGUUGGAGUAUAUGGGUCUUUCCACUGUGCUCAGAUUCAAGUAAAACUGGCUAAUCCUUUUCGAAUAGGACAGGCACAUACAGUGAGGCUGAUUUUGAAGUGCUCCAUGAUGCCGAUGCAGGUGGAUGGGGAGCCUUGGGCCCAAGGGCCCUGCACUGUCACCAUAACUCACAAGACACAUGCAAUGAUGUUAUAUUUCUCUGGAGAACAAACAGAUGAUGACAUCUCCAGUACUUCGGAUCAAGAAGAUAUAAAGGAGACUGAAUAGAUGGAUGAGGGAGUGGAAACUUUGCAUAGAAUCCUCACGCAAGUAGAUACAUGUUCAUCCAAAAGUAUUAAUAGAAAUUCUCUAUCAGCUAUUCAGUCUUAAUUUCACUAGUAGUAUAAUGGGUAUACAUUUUUGUAAAUAGCAUCCCCAAACCAGCCAGCCUUCAGUUAUUUACAAAUGUUUGUUCUUUUUUCAGCAAAAUACUUCAAAUGAAUAGUAUUAACUUACGAAAAGUCACAAAAACUUACAUGAGAGUGAAAAUUUGUUAUGACUGUUUUGAGAGUGGGACUCACUCUGAAGUAUGUGCUGUCUCAUUUCUUAUUUUUGAACCAUGCAUAUGACGGACACACAAUGGAUGGACACAUUAUAUCUCCAACGAGGUGUGGGUGGAAAGAUCAAAUUAACCUGCUUUUUUGAAAGGAAAUGAUUACUGUCAAACCAACAUGGUUAAUUGUGGGCAUCCUCCUGCAGCAUGCCUCUUAAGAUUUUCUACAACCCAAACCAAGUGUAUGUAUUGAUUUCCAGAAACCCCCAAAAGGAGAAUAGUAAAAAAAGAUCAUACUUAAAAUUUGUAUUACAAUUUUUAUUUUAGGAACUUAUUCAGACAUGUAAAUGUUGUUUAAUUCUGUAGGUAACCACUUGAGCUGAAAUUCAGGAUCUUUUUUAUAACACCAGUGUAGCCAAAAGAGAAACAGAUAAGUGAAUUGGUAAGAAAUAAGAUUCAGAGCACUUUGGAUUGUAAGUUAUAGGUUCUGAGCUGAACAGUUUAUCAGCCUCUCUUUUUAUUAAAAGACAGUGUCAACACUUCAAAAAAUGUGCUUAAAGGAAACAACAGUGAGAUUAAUUGCUUAGGAAAAGCUCAAGGCUGACUGAUAAGUUUUAAAAAUUUGGUGGUCUUGUAGUAUUUUGAAAUACAGUAGUCUUUUAACAGAAUUUCCCCUUAGGGAGGUAAGUGGACAGAAAUCGUUGCUAAAAUGUUUAUAUCAUAUUUAUAUUAAAAUGAGAGAGAUAUAUUUUUAAAUUAUUUAUUAUUUACCUUGUGGUAUGGUACCAGUGUUUAGUGUUUACGUUUAGUGUUUAUUUAUUAAAUAAAGCUAAUAAAUUGUAGCUUUAUUUAAUAAGUUAAAUUGAUCACAUAAAUUCUGCUAGUCACAAUCAGAUAGAAAUUUAGUCUAUUAAUUAAAAUUCUAAUUUAAUUCUCCUGACAGAAAUCUAGAUAUUCUUAUUCACAAAUAUUCCUCAUUGUAUUGAAAAAUGAAGGAGGGUAUGAAAAGCACUAGGGAACUACUUUUGGAUAACUGAAAGCUUUGUUUCAUUGUUUUAUUUGCCCCUCAAUUGCCACAAACUUACUGAAGGGCUAGUUUCAUGGUUCCCAUUAGAGGAUGCUUGUUCCCUGCUGUUGACCAGCCCAAGGGUCCCAGUGGGCAUCCAGCCUGGUGUUUUUCUGACACAUGGCCCAUUUGUAGGCUUUGUGGUCUUUCAUGACAUUAAUCUCUGAAAGAUCAGAAUGUAUCCCCCAAAAUACCAUUAGCUGUCCUUGAGGGUCUAUUAUGAAUCUGUCAUCCGUGAAUUGCCAUAAACCUAAGUUUGCCUCACCUCAGGCCCAGACCAUGUUUUCAAAGAGAAACUUAGUAAUGUAUACAGUAGUCAGUACAUUUUAUGAAAUACUUUAUUUUGCUAACUUAACCUCUUCCAGAUCUCCUCAGGUGAUCUUAAAUUCUAGUCCUGAGAAACUUUGUGGGCAGAUCUGUUUUCAGCUUAUUUAUAUACCUUUCAUGGUAGGUAACCAUGGCAGUGAGGAUGGCAGAGUUUUGUUUUGUUUUUUUUUUAAUGGGCCAAUCAUGUUCUGAGUAUUGUGAAGUUUAUCCUUUCAUUCAUGAUCAAAAUUGUUAAAGACAUCACAUUUUAUAAAUACACUGUUAAAUCCACUUUACUGUAGGUUAUAGUUUACCUGUUAUAUAAUUCAUAGUGCUAAUUGUAGUAGAAGCAAAUCAAUUUAGGAUGUUGGAAUUAAAAUAAUCACAAUAACUAAUACAGGUUUUUAAUUGUGAAAACUACAAUUAAAAAUUAUAAUUUUAAUACCAACCAUAAUAUUACAUUGUAUUUAGAACAGGCUUAUGUAAAAUGCCCUCAUUUAUCUAAAUAAGUUGAUUUUUUGGUUAUCGUAAUCUAGUAAGGUUUUUGCAUCACUACUGAUCUGUCAUGAAGUUUUUCUGCUGGCUUAUUCACUUAUUUAGAUUUCAUUUAGGGAAGCUAUUUCAGAAUACCAUAUCAUAAAACAUAUCAUUAUCUUAUUUUUGCAAAAUUCACUUACUUUUUUGGGCACAUUUACCCAGCAUUUCAAAUAAAUGUAUAGGCAUGUGCCUUGUUUAAAUAAGUACAAUUUAUAAGACUUCAUGUUUGCAAGUUACAUAUUAGGGUAGUGAUUGUUUAUAUUACCAGGGAUUCUACACUUUACCAAAAAAAUUGCCAUAAGAUUUUCCUGUUCCAUUUUAAAUUGUCUUGAUAUUUAAAAAAAUAACUUCUACAUUCUCAGGAAGAAAUACGUGAAGUAAAUCAUAUCUCCAUGUCUGUUUCCAGAUUUCUCUCAUCUUUUUACUAUCCCAAUACAUUCCUAAUUCCUAUAAACAUAGUGGCUUAAAUACUGAAUACCUGGCAGCUCUUAAAGAUCCCGUAGGCAGAUGAUGAUAAUUUUCAGUGUUUUGUCAUGUUUAAUAGAAAUCAAACUGACUUGUGUUUUAAAAUACAAGUUGUCUACUAGUAAAGUUACAUGAUUUAACUGUUUUAGGUUUUCUGCAACAAUUAGCUGUGAACCCCUAAUGUAGCUGAUGUUUAUACAAAUUUUAUAAUCAAAAUUAUUUAUUUUUAUUUUUUUAGAGUAUGUCAAAAACAUAUAGUGUUUGCUCCAUGAAAUACAUUUGCUUAGAGUUAUAAAGUAUACUGUGACUCAGAAAUUGUAAAGUCAAUUUGCGUUGUAAAAAUGAAUAAGCAUGUCAAAAGAAAAAUAAUUUGCAUUUGUAAUAUAAAGUAAAAUUGUAUUUAAUAUAUUUAUUGAAUUUUAAAUUUGCACUAACUUGAAAACUUUAAAGGUUAUAUUAAUUUAAAGAUUAAUGUGGACCCAAAUACAUAAUUUGGCCAAAAAAGUCAUUAGAAUGGGUAAUGGUUUUGUGUGGUUUUCCUUCAAAAUGAUAAUACUGAAGUAAGAACCAGCGUUUUAUAUUGAUAAUUUUUUAAAUAUUUCUACCCAGUUGAGGACAGUGGAAUAUAAGUAGAUAUAUUUAAAAUAUCUAGAUAUUUAAAAAGAAAGAAAAGGUUGUUUAUCCCAAUCUGAAUUCAUUCUCAGCAACAAGACAGAAAAGGUGGUUUGGGUUUUGCUUUUAAGCAGUGUCCUCCUGUCUUUUUCAGUUUUUUCCUUGAAGCCUUUCUCUUGUUCCUCAGAGUAUGCGCUGCAGGCUGUCUGCAGCAUCAGAAUGCCUGGGCUGUUGAAAGUAUGGAUUCCUGAGCCCAACCCUUAACUUAAUGAUUCCGUGUCUCUCGAGAUGCGACACAGAAAUCUCUGUUUUUAUUAACAAGCAGCUCAGGCAAUUCUUAAGCAUACUGAAAUUUGAAAGCAUCUGGUCUGAACCUCAUGUAUUCACCUAGGGCUUUUGCUAGGUGGGAUACCAUGCCGAAAAAUUGAAUUAAUUGUAUGUUCUCAAAAUUGUUUUUCUUCUACUCCACUGUCCUCUUCCCUCAAAAUCACUUUUCUAAAAGAACUCUAUGAAAAACUUAUUUGUAUGAUACCCAAAUUGAUAUAUUUGUCUGAACUCUGUUACAUAAAAAUUGGUAUGAUUCAUAUGUGGGAUCAGUUUUUGGACUGUGACCCAUGCAGUGUUGGGGGACAAGGAGUUGCUUCAGGAGUUAGUGCAGUGCGCCUCCAAGGGGCAAUGAGCCAUGGAAGCUCCUACCUUCUCACUGCAAUCAAUGCAGCCACACUUGUGUAUACUGAGUGCUGCUUCAGAUCUCAGUAGAUGAAAUAAUUCCACAUUUAAAAUGAUUCUGCUAUUUUUUAUAAAGGGUUUGAAAGCCACUACUAUAAUGACUUUGUCACCUAAUUGAUUUUCUACUAAUUUUUACAUAUUCAGAAACUUCAUGUUUUUUUGGUAGACAGAAUAUUUUGGAGGUCUCCGUUGCUGCUUAGAAUGUGGCCACUUGGCUGUUUCACAGUUUUUAAAGCUAUUUUAUUGAAUAGUAAAGCAGCGAACUUAGCCUUUGUUGUGUGUGUUUCUAAUUUAAGUAUGUAGUCUGUAUCUAAUUUUAGAUAUGUAAAUACACAUCAAUACAUAUAUAUUUACCCAUAUGGCCCUGUGUAGUCAGUGCAUGAGGCUUGCAUAGCCCAAAAAGGUACAUUCCAGGGUUUUGGGGAAAGAAUUUUAAAAUGCCAUCCUCUAAUACAGACAUUUGUAAAACUUACUUAAAUGAUUGAGCUUAACCAUCUGCAAGAAUGUCUGCAGAAAAUAAAUCACCUAAAAACUAUAAAUAGAAAUGUGCUGCUGAGGCUGGGCACGGUGGCUCACACCUGUAAUCCCAGCACUUGGGGAGGCUAAGGCAGGCGUAUCACCUGAGGUCAUGAGUUCGAGACCAGCCUGGUCAACAUGGGGAAAUGCCGUUCUCUACUAAAAACAAAAAAAAAUUAGCCAGGCACAGUGGCACAUGCCUUUAAUCCCAGCUAAUCAGGAGGCUGAGGCAUGAGAAUUGCUUGAACCCAGGUGGCAGAGCUUGCAGUGAGCCGAGAUCAAACCACUGCACUCCAGCCUGGGCAACAGAGCAAGACUCCAUCUCAAAAAAAAAAAAAAAAAAAAAGGCCGGGCGUGGUGGCUCACACCUGUAAUCCCAGCACUUUGGGAGGCUGAGGCAGGCAGAUCACAAGGUCAGGAGAUUGAGACUAUCCUGGCUAACACGGUGACACCCCGUCUCUACUAAAAAUCCAAAAAUUUAGCCGGUCGUGGUGGCGGGCACCUGUAGUCCCAGCUACUCAGGAGGCUGAGGCAGGAGAAUGGUGUGAACCCAGGAGGCGGAGCUUGCAGCAAGCCGAGAUAGCGCCACUGCAGUCCGGCCUGGGCCAAAGAGUGAGACUCUGUCUCAAAAAAAAAAAGAAAAGAAAUGUGUUGCUGGUAUCAGAUAUCAGACUAUCAGACCAAGAACACUUCAGUCUCUCUAAGGAUGCCCUGAGCUACCUCACUAUUAAACAACGACAUCAACACAGAAUGCACUAAACAGGAAAUAAGCUGUAAUCUAGAGAAUUUCCAUUAUGUGUUACUUUUUGGUGACUAACAUGGAAUGUUGAAAAGGAAGAGCUGGAAAGCUCAGUUGUUUUCCUUGUUGCUCUGACAUUGUCCAGGCAAGAGGGCAUCCUGAUCUGAUGAGUAGAUUUGGCUGAGAAAAACCCUGGAGUAAGGCAGGCACUUUGUGGAGUUGGAUGAUGAUGGCUUAUAAAAACGUUUGUUCUCAAUCCAGUUCAGGGCUCUGCCAGCAGUCUUUCAGAUUUGAACUGCGUAAACGAACCCUACAGAUAAAUUGGCACUCUCAUUUGUAAUUCUGUUUGUACAAGUUUAGAGCAGCCUAGCUCGAGUCCUCAACCCCAGUCCUCUUAGAAGUGAACUGAUUGCACUGGAUCCCUAAACCCACAAUGUUGAUGACACAUGUGGUGACUCCACUUGGGCAGCCAGCUGGCCUCUUGCACUUUCCCCUGUCCACCACUUGUAACUACCACUUAAUUACCCUGUGUUAAUUGCUUUUGUUGUGUUGGGUCUGUGUUUUUGUGGUCAGUGCCUGCAGGCAGAAAUGUGAAAGCAUUUGGUAUGUUGAAGAUACUUGCUUGUUUUGUAAUAAAAUUAAAAGUGCAGCA